GCGCGCUGAGGAAGUGACGUAGGCGGUAUCCCUCCGCGGUGAGGCGCCGUGUUCCUCCGCUCGGUGCUCUUUGUGGCGCGCUGUGUGGCGGUGAGAUCCGGGCGGAGAGCGAGCACCGGAGGCCGGACCAGGAGCAGGUCUGACGAGUCGUUUUGAAAAUUUAUUGCAGCUGAACAGCGGCGGGGAGCCCAAAAAAAAAGCAAGAUGGACACGGAUUUGUUUAUGGAGUGUGAGGAGGAGGAGCUGGAGCCAUGGCAGAAGAUCAGUGAUGUGAUUGAAGACUCAGUGGUGGAGGAUUAUGGCUAUAUGGACAAGACAAGCACAGUGUCCGUCAACAUCCAGCCAGUCACAGCAACCCUUCCAAUUGUCGCUCAGACAAUGGGCACCCAAUACACUACGGCCGCCACUGUGACCAACACCAUCACUCAGAACACAGACAACACCAAGAAGACGUUGCUGACUCUCAUCGCCAAUAGCAGUGGUUCCACGCCAAUCAUGCACUCCGGCUCCCAGCCUCUCUACCUGACCCAGAAUACCACAUCUGGUAUCGGCACCAUGAUGACCCAGCCCAUGCUGCGGCCCAUGCAAGUCAUGCAGAACGCCAACCACUCCACCAACAACUCGAUGACGGCACAGCCCAUCUUCAUCACAACACAGGGUUUUCCGGUUAGGAACGUCCGGCCGGUGCAGAACACGAUGAACUCGAUGAAUCAAGUAGGAAUCGUUCUGAACGUUCAGCAAGGGCAGACGGUCAGGCCUAUCACCAUCGUACCAGCUCCGGGCACUCAGUUUAUGAAGCAAGGAAUGGGCGUCCCCCAGGUCUUCUCACAAAUGACCCAAGUCCGACCGAAUACCAACGUCCCCGUGCGUCCCAACACCAACACUUUCACCACGGUCAUCCCGGCCACCCUGACGAUAAGGAGCCCGGUGCCGCAGUCUCAGGCGCAGGUCAGCAAGCCGAUCUCCGGCACGUCGACCACGAUGUCGCCCAUGCGGCAGAUCACGAUGCAGCAGCCGAUGCAGAUGCUGACCAUUCCGCAGAACCAGAACAAUUCCAGCACCAACACCAAACUAGUGAGUAUUGCCAGUUUUGUGUCGGUGAAGGGCGCCGGGGGGACCAACGAUGUGGUGAAGUUUGUCAACGCCAUGAGCGGCUGCCAGACGACCACCCAGAAUUCCACCCAGCUCAUCUUCUCCAGCAGCAUCGGCAAUAACGGCACCGGACCCAGCUUGGGCACCAUGCAGAAGAGCAUCCAGCUAGAGCCCAUCGGGGUAACAGUAUCCUCCCCAUCUGUGACCCCGCAGGACAAUUUGGAUAGAAAGCACUGCCCCAGAUGUCAGACUUCCUUCCGAGUCGUGGAAGCCCUUCGAGGACAUAUGUGUUACUGCUGUCCUGACCUCGUUGACUUCUCCAAAAAGGGCAACUUGGAGUCUCAAAUGAUCCCGCAAGGGGCCAACUCCACCAGCCCAGACAAGCCCGCCACCGCCACUACCCCCGGGGGCAUGGCCUCCCAAUCCGGCAAGACCCAGGACAGCUCCGCCGACGACUCCUCGCAGGGCAAGCUCAUCAUGUUGGUGGACGACUUCUAUUACGGCCGGGACGUCGGGCAGACUUACCAGAUGCAAGGCGGGGCCAAGAUGGCCACCACCUUCCGCUGUCCCCACUGCAACAAGAGGCUGAAGAACAACAUCAGGUUUAUGAAUCACAUGAAGCACCACGUGGAGCUGGACCAGCAGAACGGAGAGGUGGACGGGCACACCACAUGCCAGCACUGCUACCGCCAGUUCUCCACCCCCUUCCAGCUGCAGUGCCACCUGGAGAACGUCCACAGCUCCUACGAGUCCACCACUAAGUGCAAGAUUUGUGAAUGGGCCUUUGACAGCGAACCUCUGUUCUUACAGCAUAUGAAGGACACCCACAAACCGGGAGAGAUGCCCUACGUGUGCCAGGUGUGUUCGUACCGCUCCUCCAUCUACGCCGAGGUGGACACUCACUUCCGGCUCAACCACGAAGAUACGCGCUACCUCCUGUGCGUCUACUGCCUGAAGGUGUUCAAAAACGGCAACGCCUUCCAGCAACACUUCAUGCGCCAUCAGCAGAAGAACGUCUAUCACUGUAACAAAUGCCGCCUUCAGUUCCUGUUUGCGAAGGACAAGAUUGAACAUAAGCUGCAGCAUCACAAAACCUUCCGCAAGCCGCGUCAGCUGGAGGGGCUGAAGCCCGGGACGAAGGUGACCAUCCGAGCCUCUCGAGGACCCCCCAGGAAUACUAUGACCACCCCAGACCCCCCGAUUCUGAUGCCACCGCCAGAAUUGUCGCCUCAGCCUAUUCGUCAUCCUGUGGACACCUUGCCAACUUUAGCGUUCCCCAACCGGGUUUUGGAGGAGAAGCAAACCUGUCUGGAGUGCAACUUCGAUGUCCCCGAUUUCCACAACCACUUCCCCACCUACGUACACUGUUCUCUCUGCCGCUACUCCACCUGCUGCUCCCGCGCCUACGCCAAUCACAUGAUCAACAACCACGUUCCCCGGAAAAGUCCGAAGUAUCGUUCACUGUUUAAAAGUUUCAAAACCAGUGAUGAGCUGGUGAUGGCGUGCGCAACCUGCCCCUUCGUGACGCGAAUCGGUGACGCCAUGGCGAAACAUCUGGUCUUCAACCCGUUGCACGGCUACAUCACCGUCAUGCCUACAAAUACCUCACCAGACAUCUCAUGGGUCCGGGACAAAGCCACCGCUGCCAAUCCUCCGGCUGAAGAUAAACGGGAACCGGACCCCAAGGUGGUGUUGCCGGCCUCUGAGAACUCUGAGUUUGUGGAUGUGGAGGAGCUAGAGGAGAUGGAGACUGAGGAGCCAGAGGAAGUAGAGGAGCCGGAAAACGAAAACCUGGACAGCGGCAAGGAGGAGCAGAUCAGCGUCAAGAAGCUGCGAGUGAUGCUGUACGCUCUGUGUAGCGGCAUCCAACUGGCGGCCGAGCAUUUCCACAACUCGCCGAGUCGCAUCCGGUGGUGGCUGCAGAAAUUUCAGAAGGAGAAGCCGGACGCCUCGUCCGAAGAGAAGUAUUUGAGCACUGAGGCCGAGGACAGACUUGCGGAAUGGGUCCUGCUCCAGCGAGAGCAACAGCAGCCGGUCAACGAGGAGACGCUCUUCCAGAAGGCCACCAAGAUCGGACGCUCGCUCGAAGGAGGCUUUAAAAUCUCCUACGAAUGGGCGGUGGGGUUCAUGCUGCGGCACAAGCUAAGCACGCACUCCAAGGCUGCCGUAGUAAACCACCUGCCCAGGGAACUGGAGGACAGUGCCCAGACUUUCAUCAGCUUUGUACAAAAGCAGAUCCACAACCAGGACCUCCCGUUGUCCAUGAUCGCCGCCGUUGACGAAAUCUCGCUCUUUCUUGACCUGGAGCUCCUCAGGGGCGAAGAGCUUAGAGAGUGCGCGCUGCAGACUGUGGGCGCUGGCGAGCCUUGGUGCGACAUCGUGCUUACUAUCUUGGCCGACGGCAGCCUGCUGCCAACGUUGGUGUGCCUUCGGGGCAACUCGACGUGCUCUGUAGACGUUCCAGAAACAAUCAUAUAUGAAGCUAGAGAAGAUGGCCUGAGCGAAGAUGAGGUGAUGGAACUCUGGUCCUCUCGGGUUUGGCAGAAACACGUAGAAUUGCCCAACAAAGGCAUGGCGGUGAUAGACUGUCACAGGUCGCACAUGUCUGACGAAGUCCUGGCCCUCCUGAGCUCCACCUGCACGCUACCCGCGGUGGUCCCAGCCGGUUGCAGCACCAAGAUCCAACCACUCCAUGUGUGCAUCAAGAGCGCCGUCACCAGCUUCCUUCACAAGAAGUGGGCGGAACGGGCUCGAGCCAAAACCAGCUGCAGCCCGGAGACGGUGCUACGACUGGUCAUCAGCUGGAUGAUGGAGGUCCUGGGCGUCAUCAGCGACAAUCCAGAACUGGUCCAGCAGUCCUUCUUGGUGGCCAGCGUCCUUCCCGGCCACGACGGGGCCACCUACUCCAGCAAACGCAACGCCAAGAUGCAGGAGGAGCUCAUCAACCUUCUGGAGGGCGAGCUGAGGCUGAACGAGGACGAAGACACCGACAGCUGCAACGACAGCCAGCCCGAUGAGUUCCCCGACCCCGAGGCCCUCCAGCAUCUGUUCGCGGAAGAGACCGACACUGAGUCCUUCUACGGCUUCGAUGAUACAGACCUAUAGAACCGCACAGCUGUUCUCCCCAUCCCCCCUCCCCCCCCUAACCCUCCACCACAAAGGUUUGUAUCGGGCUUAACAUUCCACCUUCCGAUGAGGUUCAGGAACUCAAUUCUACCUUGUGAUGAGGUUCAGGAACUCGGGAUACUGUUGUCGUAGCACCCCCCCCACCCCAACAAUUUUUAGGUUUUAACCUUGACCUGUACAGAAAACCGCUACCUCCCCCUCCCCCCACCCCACCCCCUGUACAGCGAGAUCAACUGGAUUUAGUUUUAAUAAAACCAACCAAAUUUCCUCAUCCAGUCUUCACCCUGGAUUGCAGAUUGGAUUGUGAUGGACUUAGACUUUGGUGAAGGGGGGGUGGCCUACGGGUUACGCUAACUGACUGACUGUAGUACCUAAAAAAAAUGAAAGGUUUACAUUUUGGUUACAAAGGAAAAUAAAAAAUAUACAGGCAAUAGUGCAAUCCAGUUUUCAUUGACGGUUCUGUUUUUGAGAGCCUUGUUUAUAGCUGGGGGGGGUGUCCCGUGCUCAGAAAAAGGACCACAGUGCUUCCGACACUGCCGGCUCUGUCACUACAUAUUGCAAAAAAAAACAAUUUAUUUUUGGUUUUUUUCCUUUUUUAGCUUUUUUUUUUUUUUUUUUUUUUUUUUUUUUUUUUUUCUCUUUUUCUCCUUCCUUCAUCCUCCUUUUUUUGUCUUGAGAGAUGGUAUGUUGCGGCCUGGUGACCCCAUGAACUUUACUAGGGCGUAGUCUGUAAAUUUAUGAAGUUAUAUAGCGUGUACAUAAUAAUGAAAUUGCGGAAUAAAGACGGGCACGAGGCGAGUCUGUGUUUUUAUUAGAAAUAAGAUGUGAAUUUUUUUUUUUUUUUUUUUUCCGAUCUAUAUAAAGUGUUCUGUUACAAUUUGCCCUCUACUGUAUUUUGUUUUUUCACUUUUUACAGUGUCAGGUACUGAGAUUUAAAAAAAGAAAAAAAAAUGCAUUUUAAUUGAUCAUGUGAUGGCGCCCUGUACAGAUGUGGACACCUAUGAAUUUGGAUUUUUAGUUGUUUUUUUGUUUUGUAUUUUUGUUUUUUUAGGUUCCUGUCCCACUUGCCUGAUCAUGUGUCGCCCUCACAAAAGAUAUUUUUUUGUAAAAUAGAUUUUUUUUUCCCUCCUCCCUCCCAGUUUUGUGCAGUUUUUAAGAUCGGACCGUGACUCUAUCCUCAAGUUGACGGCUUGUCGUUCCCCCCAAGAGGUGGCACUGUGACCCCCACGAGAGCCGGCUGCGGCUCCUUCCUUUUAACAAUUUUUGAAGGACUUUGUAUUUUUAGAAGCAGGUUCUGCCGCUGCCACGAAACGUUGGUGCCUCGUGCCGGGACUCUUCGUUCCCCCUGAAGCAGCGAGAGAUCCCGGACGUGCCUGCCUUCGUUUUUGGGGGGGGGGGGGGGGGAUUCUGCACAGAGUUGAUGUAAGAUGAGUAAUGAUGUAAAAUACAGAGAAUUAGACACCACAAUGUGAGACUGAUUGGAGAAAAGCAUGGGACAUCUAGAUUUUUAAAUGCGUUUUAUUUCCAAUAAAAUAGUAUAAAAU